AAUUUGAUGUAACUCGAUUUAUUAUGAAUGUAGUUCAACGUAACGAAUACGUUGUUAAUUUGAUAUUACAACAGUACUCUUAUGGUCAUUACUCAAUAUAUGUAUAUGAAUACUAUUUAGAUAGAUUAAAAGAUAAAAAGAAGCUUAAACAUAAACGGUUAUAUUACAACUAUGAAUUUCGUCCAAAUAAAAAUAAGCCACACAGAUAUUCACAAAGAUUAAAAGACUUUUCUAAUAAAAAAAGUAAUUUAACCGAUGAAAACAUUAUUCUGAUAGCAGAAUCUGCUUUGUCAAAUUUAAAAAUAUCUUCAUCACCACUUUCCCAACAAGCUUUCUCAAUUAUCAAUUGCACAAAUAAUGCAUCUGAUACAUUAUACGAUUCUCAACCUCCAUCAUUUAUUCAAGCAGAUUUCUUUAAUUCAUCUAUCUCUAUGACUAUUGAUCAAAUAAUUUCUACUAACAUUACUUCUGAGUUUUUUAUUGAUGAAUUUAGUCAAAUAAAUUUUUUAAACUUUAUAAUUGAACCUUAA